GUGUGUGUGUGUGUGUCCCUCAAAGUGGGCGUGAUCAUGAUAACACCGUCUGUAAACACCAAGGUCAGAGUUUCCUGAGUGGAGGAGAGGAAAAGGAGGAAAAGCAGCAGCGAUCUGUUUGAGGCGUUAAACUUGUUCCUGCAAAAUGUUUUCCUCCGUUUAUAUUUUUUUCUUUUAAAUUAACAAAAAAAAAAAAACAUGGUCAACAUGCAUCCUAAAGGACAAGAUGGCUCACUUUCCAGCUGCAGCUCAUCCUGUGUGAAAAUUUACAUGUGCUCCAACCCAGAAGACAGUGUGACGGAGCGCCAGGCUCUCAGGGAGAACGUGUUCCCCAGGUUCAGAGAGCACUGCAGACACCGGCUGGGGCUGGACGUCAGGGUGAUAGACCCGUUUGAGUCCAGUGAUCCCAGCUGCUGGCCAGAUGAAAACACCAGAGAGCGGCUGAUUGAAGAGUGCAGAGAGAGCUCAGCUGGACCAUUUUUACUGGCCCUGAUAGGACACCAGUACGGAGCAGCCGGUCUGCCCACCCAGGUGGAGGUGACAGAGUACCAUCUGCUCCUGCAGGAGAGCCAGCAGGCGGGCGUCUCCACCUGUCACCUGGAGACGGCGUACCAGAGGGACGAGAACACCAUCCCUCCCUCCUACCGCCUGACGGUAGAAGUGAUGGGAAAAGCUACCAGCAAUGGAAAAUGUAGAGAAGAAGAAGUGAGGAAGGAGUUUCGGACAGCCGUGAGUCUGAGCGUCCAAAACAAGGUCUUGAGUCCAAAGAGAGCCCGGGUCUUCUGCAGAUCAGCUCUAGACGCAGACCUGAGGUUCGCUCUGGACGACGGUUCUGUUCAGGACGUCAGCCGCUGUGUAGUCUAUAUCCACAAUGUCAUCAAYGCAAAGCAAGACGAACAGAAACAACUGAUGGAUUCACAGCUGCAGCCGAAUUCAAAGGAUGAGACUUGUGACGGGGCCAUGCCCACGCGAGGUGAACUUUUAUCAGAACUGUGCGACAACUUCCUGCCUGCUCUCGUCACUUCCCGUCAACUUCUGCUGUACACCACGAACACAGAGUGUGACCCUCGACACGGGUACACUACAGCCAGGAGGCGAAGCUACGCCCACUCCCUCUGCCAGCAGGUGUUCUCAGACCUCCUGACGUUGACUGACGGCCUGAACGUUUCUCUGCCCAGAGCAGACACUCACAUUAGGGAUGCUUUAUCCGAAGAGCGGCUCCAGCAGGAGCGUUUGUCCGACAUCCUGUCUCGAUUGUACGACAUCCCUCUGCCAGAGGAGGACACGAUCCAAGCUUACGUGAAACUGAGGGAUCAACAGCGCCCUCUGGUGGUGACUGGGGGACCAUGCACCGGGAAAACUGUGUUAAUUGCACGCUGCACUCAGCAGAUAAAGUCGUGGCUGGCUGACAGCGAUCCUGUGGUGAUUGGUUAUUUUUGCAGCUUGUCAAUCAACACGACUCCAAAGCAUCUGCUCUCCAGUUUGUGUUCUCAAAUAGCUUUCCGAUAUAAUGAGGUCCAGUCUUUGUCUAAAAGCGAUCCCAGGUUUGGCCCCUGCAGAGARCCAGACGAUCCCAGCUGCAGCUCGAUGUCUGCUCUGGAACAUCCUUCUGAUGAGAACUUAAACCUCUCUGUCAUGAAAGUUAAAGCCUGUCUGUCUGACUCUAAAAAGUGUCUCGAAUCCCUCCUUUCCCGGUUUUCUUCCACAACACGUCCCCUCCUCCUCCUACUCGAUGGACUGGAUCAACUGGAAGAAGACGGCGGCGCCCAGAUAAUCAGGAGCCUCCCUUCCCCGCUUCCCCACGGCAUCAAACUCAUCCUCACAGCUUCCCCCCGUUCUGCACGUCUUCUGCAAGCCAUUGAAUUACAUUACUCAGCAAAAGGUCACUCGCGUGUCUCGUCGGGCAGUGGUGAAAGAGAGCCGGGAUAUGUUGGUGUCCGGCUGGAAUCUGGGGACAGGAAACGAUGUGCGAAGUUGUUGGAGUCCUUGCUGAAAAGUUCAGGGAGAAGAGUGACGUCGGGACAACAAGCACUGGUGAACCGGGCUCUGACUUCCUGCCGCCUGCCUCUCUAYGCUCGACUCCUGCAUGCACACACCUCACUGUGGCACUCAGACACAGAUGUGACAGAGUCGUCUCUGCCCGAUGGAGUCCACUCCUCCAUUUCUGCUCUCCUGGAUCAGCUGGAGCUGAAACACGUCUCCUCCAUCGUAGCUCGUUCARUCUCCUGCCUCAGCCUCUCCAGGACUGGACUCUCCGAGGCCGAGCUGGCCGACCUCUUAUCCUGUGACGAUCAGACUCCAGCUGAAGGCACGCCUCGGAGCGACUGCCUCGUCUCUAAGCUGAAGGUCCUUCCUGUCGCUGUGGAGAGGCUGCUUUUGGAUUUGAAGGACUUUCUGGUGAAAAGAACGAUUUCAAACACGCAGGUUCUGYUCUGGGUGAGCAGGCAUUUCAAGUUGGUCGUUGUAAAAAAGUACCUGGGCUCUGAUGAGUUGAGGAGAAGGGUGCAUUCGGAGAUGGCAAACUAUUUUAGUGAAAAAUUGGGUUGGAGCGAUGGGAAACCACUUCAUGUAGAGCAUUUAUCUGAACCGAACAGUGACGUAGACAAACAGCCAAACAGCCAGCCAUUCAUCUUCCCUUCUUCUGGUAAUAUAAGUCACGUCAGCACUAGAAGUGUCGUAGAGUUAUCACAUCACUUGCAACAAAGCGGCAGGAUGGAGGAAUGUGGGCUGUUAAAGUCUUCAGGUUUUCACCAAGCUCUGGUUCAAGCUGGUCUUCUGGGGGACCUGGUGGCCAUGUUGGAGGCUGGUGAAGGGUCAACGUUUUUAAGAGAACGAUUGCUCCUAGCGAGCAUUUUGAAGUCUUCUGCUUGCUUCCUGCAGAGUUCGCCAACGCAGCUGGCGACAAUAAUGGAGACCAGCCUCCUCCCUUACCUGGAGGUCUUACCUGCUCUCGGAGGUUUUGUCAAAGGCAUCAGACAGGAAAGAAGAAAAAGCAGAAGAGGACUGGGAUUAGUCGUUUGCCCAAGUCCCUGUUCUAUUCCACCUAUUCAGUUUCUAAAGUUUGAAACCAGCAGAGUUUGUGUUUCAGAAACAGCUAGCUCAGAAUGUGGGGUUGUUGUGGAGGUCAUGGAUGAUGCCUCUGUUUGGAUUUGGAAAGGCUGCGGUCGCGAUCUUGUCAAACUGUCUCCGAGCGGCGAGCAGCAGACGCUGAAGUUUGCCGGAGUGAAAAGCAGCGGCCGAUUCCUGCUGCUUUCCACGAGGUGCAACAAGCUUUUCGCAUGGGACGUGACAGACCAGCAGAGGCUUCGAGAAAUCGUCGACCCUCUGAAAACGGAAUUCCAGUCGAGCCGAACACCAAACGUAGUUGAGGGCUUCGUUGCGUGGCAGAAUAUGUUAUGCGUGUGGUGGGAAAAGGAAACCUUUGUCAGCGUCUUUGACAUCUCUACUGAGACCGUGACUCAUUUCCAGUGUCAGAGCUCUGUGACCUGUGUGGUUUGCUCAAUCGGUAGUUUCUGCAUGUACUGUGGACAGGAAGACGGCACAGUGUCGGUAUUUGACAUGAAAACCAGCAGCCUUAUUGGCUCCUGCUCAAACGGAAGCGUAGUUGCGUUCUUAAUCCUCUGUGAAGAGAAGCAAUUAAUAGCAUGUGUUGACAGGACUGGGAGCAUUGUGUUAUGGAACAUAGCUGACAAAAUGCAACCACCCAGACUUGUCAAAGAAAUCUUUACUCAGGAUAAAUCCCACACCAUUGAAAAUACAGAUUAUGCUGAAGAAGCCAGCACUCUUUUGGUGUGCCAGCCUCAUCAGGUGACGUUGUGGGAUACAUGUAACUGGGAGCUGUGGGACCAGUUCUUGGCUCCACAGGGGCGAGCCUUCAUUCAAGCAGUGCUGUCCGUGGACAGGCACCGAUUUUUGGCGCUGUUAGACUCCUGCACCUCCGUCUUGGUGUGGAGGCACACCGGGGAGUGUAUCCUCUCUUUAGAGAUAAACGGUCAGCCCCACACCAUCCUCAAAGUGGCUUCAGACGUCGUUUGCGUCCAUCGCGACGGCUGCCUAACGGUGUGGGACUCUGAGAUGAUCAGUGCUGCGGCAACGGCCCCGAAAAUGAGGAGCGGCGUGAAAGGAGUCGCAGUCGAGCGAAGCAGAAAGUGGUUUUACACGUCAGACGGGUCAGAAAAUAUGUGGAAAUGGAGUUUAGACACAGCACUUCCACAUGCUAACUUUCUGCACCAAGCGCCUGUAGACAAGCUGCGCCUGUCUCCAAACGGCGUCCACCUCGUUUCCCUCUCAGGGGGAGAGAUCUACGUGUGGCAGACUGAAACGGGUCAGAAUUUUCUGCGGAUCAGCGGCAGCAGAGCCACAAACGUCCUGAUCGCCCCCAAUUGUAACUUUGGCGUGAGCAUAUCCAAACAAGGACUCUCCCGUGUGUGGAAGAUGGCGCACGGAGCCAUCGUGUGCAGCAUUUAUCAGUACCUAUCCCACGCUCGGGUGUCGCCUGAGAGCACCUUCCUCCUCGGCCUCCGUGGCGGAGACCUGCUCGCUGCCAGUCUGUGGUCAGGGUCCAUCAGCAAGCGUUUCUAUUGCGUGGAGAACUCGGAGCGCGUCAUUGCUUUCCAUGCACUUUCCACGCACCCAAACUUUGUCGUGGUGAUGGUUGCCUCAGGAGCGGUGUACACCUGGAAGAUGUCGGAGGAGACCGUGUGCCAGCAGUUUCAGCUGCCAAGUAUGUUUCGCUGUCAGCCGCAAGACUUCCAAAUGUCCUCUGAUGGAAGCUAUGCACUGCUGUCCACUGAUAAUAACUCCAUUAAUAUCUUAGAUCUAACUCAGGUCAGACUGUGCUCAUUCAAAGCAGAGGGUUUGGUCAUUAGGGCUUGCUUGGAUAAAACUGGAUGCUAUCUCGCGUACAUAUUCAGCUCAUCCAGUGUGGAGAACAACUGUGCCUGUCUGCUGCGCACAAACCUCAUCCUGACCAUCGCACGGCUUUCGGAUGGAGAGCGAAUAGGAAGUGUGCAUUUGUGUAAGAAUCCAUUGACUCUGAUGGUGAGUGAGCAUCAGAGUGUGUUUGUGGGUUUUGAGGACGGCUCUGUCGGUGUGUUCUCUCUUACAGAGGUUCCUAUUGAUGAGGAAGAGGAAGAAUUAAAAGGUCACCUGGAAAAAUGUCCUUUUGACAGAGAACCACUGAACUGCUUUUGUCAAAACAAACCCAAUAUUAUGUGGUCUUAGGUCAUUAUUUCUUGCUGGCCAAGUUCAUUUUGACGGGUUUUUUUUUUACGUGAUAGUUUGGUUUGUUUUUCCUGCUUUGAAUGUUUUGAAUGCUUUCAGUUUAGUUUCACCUUUCGACAAAAGUCAAAGACAGGCUUUAGAUUUUGUUAUAUUCUUUAGUAAAUAUCUUGGUAUCUGACUUUACUCAUCUGUCUUUUACUACUCAGAUCGACUUUUCAUUAUUUAACUUGGUUAAAAAUAAAAUGCUUUUGCCUUUGA